AUGACUUCAAGUUUGAAAGGGAUAGAAGAGUCACCCACACUACAACAAGUAAGUCAAGAGGAUCAACAAGUAGAUCAGCGAUCCUUUGAUACUCAACCUGAGCAACAGGGAGAGGAAGUAGUUCUACAGCAUUCUAUAGUUGCACUUCCACUUCCAGCUUCUACCUCAACAACAACACAACCAACCUCACCUUCUGAACCCCAACAAUUUUCAGGUUAUUUAACAGAUAACGUAUGGUAUGAAGUAUUUCGUCAACUGCAUUGUGAUCUAGGAGAAUAUCUUUACAGUUGUUUAUUAGUGAAUACUCAAUUUUUUCGCAAUGCAGUACCAUUUUUUUGGAGAGACGUGCAAAUAACAUAUUUUAGUCAACUUACUUCUUUUGUCCGUAUUCUUGAGUCCAAAAAUCAAACAUUACCAUAUGCAAGAUACAUUAGAACUAUUUAUAUAGCAGCUAGAACUCCACGUACGCCAAAUAAAACUCGUUCAGCUGAAUUGGCAAAUUUAUUAUAUAAAUUGGCUAGUAUAGAUGUUAAUUGGAGAUUAUUAUCGUUUACAUUGGAUUUAGAUUGGAGAGAUUGCGGAGAAUCUACCAUUUGGACUAAUUUUUUUGCUAAAUUUGGAAAACAUUUGGAACAUGUUGCUUUACAUGGUUCUUCCCCUUUCUUGAGCGAUGCUUUAUCUUUUUCAAUAGGAGAAUUUUGUCCUAAUCUUAAAUUUCUUACUUUGGAAUCGCGAUAUUUUAACGGUUAUGGGAUUCUUAAUAUAGCCGAAAAAUGUCCUCUCACAGAAUUAAGUAUUUGGUGUCGUCAAGUAACAAGUUCUGUCAUUUUCAAUUGUGAUCUUGAUGAUAAACCUUUGUUAAGUUUAAUAACAACACCAGAAGGAUACGAUGAUGACAAUAUACCUAAUACAAGUAGCAAUGAGAAUAUAACACGAACAUCAUAUUCUUCCUCUUCUUCAUAUAAAGACAAUUCAUCAAAAAUAUCAUUAUUACCAAAAUUAAAAUCAUUUUAUUUUAUACAAUCAUAUGCAUUUUCACCUAAUGCAUUGACUUCUUCUGGUUUAUUAAGAUUAUUGAGUACGUGCCCAAAUUUAACAGAAUUAACUUUGGUAGUAUCAAAUUCUUCAAAAAUUGUUAAUGAUAUUUCAAUAGAAAAAAUUAUUAAAAGAUUACCUUUAGAUAGUUUUGAAAUUGUCAAUCCUUACAGUAAUCAACUACCCUUUCAUCAUUUAGACCAUUUUGAUGUUACUGUUGAAGGACUUAAAAUGGCUAUUAAACAUAAACCUGAUUUGAGGCUAAGAGUUGGUGCUUUUGAUAGUAUGAUAUCAUAA